GAAGUUUUCUCAUUCGGGGCUUCAUGACGUCUCCACAGAAGAAGUAUCAUCCCGUAGAUUAUAAACAAAGGCACGUGUUAAUUAAUCGCAACUGUCUGGCUCUCGUACUGCUAGAAGACCGGACAGAAAGUGCCGGACAAAAUGGACACGAUAUUUUUUUGGAUUUCCUGCAGCAGAAUUCUAUGUGUUUUUGGAAUUCCUGCCUUUCACGUUCUGUGUCCAGUCUGGAGUACAAAGGGUACUUAGUACCCUGCACCCUUUUAAUUUCGGGGACGGAUUUUUCUCUGGAAGUGGUGAGAUCGGCCUGGUCCCGGAGGACUCUUAGACCCCCCACAGGAUACACAAUAAACAAACUUGGUGACAUCAGUGUGUUGGAGAUGGUUGCAGCGCCCCAGACUCAUUUUGCGCCCCUCUCCGAAGCCCUGUGCAAGGUUGUGGCUGACCUGAACGGCAAAGCGGACACAAAUGCAAUCAGAGUGAAACUGGAAGAGAAUUUUCCGGAAAUGCAGUCGCCGUCCGAAGAGAUUCUACAGAAAUCACUCAACUCCCUCAUGAGGGAAAGAAAACUCCACUACACAGGAGGCUAUUACGUGGCUGACAGACAGCAUCAUCAUCCAUCAUUCGAAAGACAGAUGCUGAUGACCAAUGAAGAGGCGAUUGUUAAAUUACACGGCGACGCUUCCAGUCUCUUAACACAGACUUGUUCCCACCUUCAGAUGAUGGACAUCCGAAUAGGGAAUAAUGAAGAGAAGAGAGAAGGUGAAGGAAAACAAGAGUCGGUGCUGGCAAAGAUACUGAAGAGGAUGAAGAGCAACAAACAGACGUUCUCGGCUCAGUUUCCACCCCCAGGCACUCUCCUCUGUCACUCUGUUGCCACUCAGACUCAGAAGAUCUAUUCACCACUUCAGGAACAUAAAAUUCCGUGGGAGAUUCUGAGACAUGGUGGAGACGGUUUCCAGAACUCAGCGAAAGGCAACAUUAUCCCCACCUAUAGACAUUCUCUGAGCAGUGCCUUCAAAAGACGCCACAGACAAAGAACGAGUUCCAGCGAAAGUUCAAAAAUCACAAAAACACCCGCCGAUAAGUGUGAAUCGAAAAUGUCAAGUGGUUCCGCCCCUUUUAAACCUCCUCAUAAAUCGAAGCCCGAAAAAAGGCACAAACCCCCGAAACAAUAUUCAAAAGCUCCCCUAACGAAACAGGUGAAAAAGAUUCAAGAGGUAACAUCGUCCAACGAUAAUAACAUUCCAACUCGUAAUGAUAUUCCAACAGAAGAUGCAGAAAAGAAUCUUUCCAUAAAAAAGAACAUUCCAGUGGAUAAGCAAGAAGACAUUGUUAUUGAUAACACGUUGUGCGUUGAAACGUCCAAAGGGAAUGUUUCAACAACUGUUGUCACUGAAGAAACUACUGUCACUAAAGGCAAGGUUGUCACCGUGACUAGCAUUACGACCAGUUUGACGAGAAACAAAUCCGGGGAAGCCAAAAAGAAUGAUUUGAAUCAGGAGAGUGCCAACAUUUCAGAACUCUCCAAUUCAUGUAACAUCGUCAAAUGACUGAAGCAGACAAUCCAUCGAGUUGCGAAUGCCCUUGCCAAAUUAUUAGACGCGCUGUAAGAUUCUACGUAAACUUUUAAUUAUCAAGUGAUACAGCUUUUAAGUGAACUUGUUUACGUUCGUGUAUCCAUUGGUUAAAUGAGACGAUGUGUUACAUAAAUUCGACGAUAUAUUAGAUAAAUAUAGAACAUUUAUUAUAUCAGGUAUUAUAUUAGUAUAUUAUAAUAAUGAGAUCAAAUUAUGAGACGCACUGAAGUGUUAUAAUAAUGACAUGUUUUGCACGAGUUUAUAGGCAAUACUUUUAUAUUUAAGCAUACAAUGAGUUUUUAUUCGGGAGAUUUUUUAUAUACUUCCUAUUUGUAUUUAUUUUUAAAGUAUUGCGUUACAAUGUUAACCAUUGGAUACAGGAGCGUUAACAAAUGCAAACCAGUUUCAUCUGCGUGAAAGCAAUAAAGCUGUAUAGUAUGACCUGAUAAUCAAGAGUUUGCAUAGAAUAAUUUGGCUAGAGGGUGGACAAAUGCAGCCCCAUAUUUUUUUACAAAUAAAAAUCAACUGUACAAUAUCUCUAUUCAAAUAAGGAGGGUCCCUCUCGAUGGCGUUCUACAUCUAAAGCUCUCACCAAUGAAGAAGAAUGGUAUUUAUAGAUUGUCACAGAGGCAUUACUGGUCACUUUGGUUAGGAAGUAUACUAGAAUUGCUGUCUUUUGGAUCGUAAUAAGAAAAUAGGCAUAAAUGUUUGGUCAAUUACAGUAGACAGAUCUUUCAGCAAAAAAUAUGAACCCUUUAAGUAUUUUUUAAGCACUAAAAAUAUUUAUAAUCACUUUCCAAAAAAAAAAAAAAAUCAUAAUUUCUACAAGUUCAGAUGUUUACGUUUCAAACUAAGAUAAUUGUUACGAUUAACAUGUCAACAAAAUGUUCUACAAUGAUUGUAUAUUUUGAAAAGAAAAUAUUCUGCCUAUUUUGUGUGUGGAAAAUAUCAGUGUUUAAGGAGUAAAAAACAAUGAUGAAAGAGAAGCAAUUACAAGGGUUGGCGACUGGCUGAGUAAUUUAUAAAUAUGUAAUAAAUAAAUUUGAUGAAAAAUCCUGA